CGGAGUCAAUAGUAAGGGCAAAGCAUUUUCCCUCUUUGUGUAUCUCCAUCAUGGAUGCUUUUCAGAGCAUGUUAAAAUUCUUUCUCAACCAGAAAACUGCUAUUGGCUACAGCUUCAUGGCUUUACUGACCUUGGGAAGUGAGCGUCUCUUUUCACUUGUGGCUUUUAAGUGCCCCUGCAGCACUGAGAACACAGUCUAUGGGUUGGUUUUCCUUUUUGCUCCUGCCUGGGUGUUACUGAUCCUAGGAUUCUUUCUGAACAACAAAGCAUGGAGACUUUUCACAGGUUGCUGUGUAAACCCCAGGAAAAUCUUCCCUAGGGGUCACAGCUGCCGUUUCUUCUAUGUCCUGGGCCAGAUCACUCUGAGUUCAUUGGUGGCUCCAGUGAUGUGGCUCUCUGUGGCUUUGCUUAAUGGAACUUUUUACGAAUGUGCCAUGAGUGGAACAAAAAGUUCAAGACUCCUGGGACUGAUUUGCAAGGGCAAGCCCAAGGAGUGCUGGGAAGAACUCUACAAAGUGUCCUGUGACAAAACUAGCAUGUUACCCAUGGACAAUGAAGAAGUGAAAUUGUCCCUUCAAGCGCAGUCUCAGAUUCUAGGAUGGUGCCUGAUUUGUUCAGCAUCUUUCUUCUCUCUGCUCACCACUUGUUAUGCACGCUGCCGAUCUCAAGUUAGCUAUCUGCAGUUGAGUUUUUGGAAGACAUACACGGAAAAGGAGAAGGAGCAGUUGGAAAAUACAUUUGUGGACUAUGCCACCAAGCUGAGUGAGAGGAACCUGAAAUGCUUUUUUGAAAACAAGAGGCCGGGUGUCUUUCCCUUGCCCACUUUUGCCGCCUGGGAGGCUGCUUCAGAGCUGCAUUCUUUCCACCAAAACCGGCAACAUUACAGCACUCUUCACAAGGUGGUGGAUGAAGGUCUGGAACCUUGCCCCCAGGAUGAUGAAACCACAAUGGUCCUUGUGGGUACCGCCCAUAAUCUGUAGCUCAUCCACCAUCACUGGCUCCAGAUGCCCAGCGGUACACUCCUUCAGAAAGCCUCCAGCUAUAGGACAGCCACCUUGUAUCUCUGCUUUUGCUCACAGCUAGUUUCUUUACAAGACAAUACCACAAACAGAAACUGCUUUGAAGCUCAGGUGCAGACAGUGUCAGGGUGUGCUCUAGUUGGGGCUAAGUGAUGACAUAUACUUUUGCAUUGGUGGAGGGUUGGGCUUAUUAGGACCAAACAUUGUUCCAAGUUCUAAGACUUUAUGAUUGAGUAGACGGACUCAUGUGAGAGGCUCUAACACUCUCUGUAAAUAUUUGUCAUGGUAUCUGAGUCUGAAGUGGUGGCUUGUGCCCAAACAAAGUACUCUUUAAAAUAGACUGCCUUACACAGUGGGAUCUGUGGUGUGGUCAGCAGGAGAUCCUGUUAGGACUUCUUUAUCUCAGAAUUUAAAGAUUUCAGUUCUCAAAAAUAAUUAAUUGAAUGAAUGUGUUAUCUAAAAUUCAGAGUUUUCCACAAGUUUUUACUGUGUACUGAAAAUAUGCUCUUGGGUCAGGGCUAAUCAUGACUUCUGUGGGCCCUAAGCACUUUCUGCCUUCACAGAUCAAUUUCUACAUUCAAAAAUAUUAAUAUUACAUAUUAGAGCACUUUCCUUUACCUAAAAGUUCAUUUAUUUCCUUUGAUUUUAAAAUUAAAAAAAGAAACUUUCAUGGA